GAGAUAUUCACGGAGGUCACUGCCAACAAAUUACUUGCUCGACCCAUCUUCUUCUCUCCUUCACCAUCUUCGCCGUCGUUGGCUUCUUCCAGCGGAUAAGGCCUCUCCGACUUUCCUCCCAACUCACGCCUCCUCCUAAUUCUUCGCCACUUUCACUUUCUACUGAAAUAUUUCCCAACCUUUACCUGCAAAAAUGGCCCAUACUUUCGCCUACACAUCUGCCUCGUCUUUCCGAUUAAACUCCCUCGUUUCUGUUCCGAAUUCUAGCUCUUCUUCUGACUCCCAGAAGUUCUUUCUUCCACUGGAGCCUUUUCACUCGAGGAAACUAGGAAAAUUAGUUGGAGGUGGAAGGAACCUCAAGAAUUAUCCAGUAAAAGCCAUGUACUCGGGGGAGUUUUCAUCAAUGGAUGGGAAUUCUCGCCAAGGAAUUUGGUCUAUAAGGGAUGAUGUGCAAGUUCCAUCUUCACUGUACUUCCCCACUUACGCACAAGGGCAAGGUCCUCCUCCAAUGGUGCAAGAACGCUUCCAAAGUGUUAUAAGCCAGCUUUUUCAAUAUAGAAUUAUUCGUUGUGGUGGACCUGUUGAAGAUGAUAUGGCAAAUAUCAUUGUUGCUCAACUUCUAUACCUUGAUGCGGUUGAUCCCAAUAAGGAUAUUGUGAUGUAUGUAAAUUCCCCUGGUGGAUCAGUUACAGCUGGUAUGGCCAUUUUUGAUACUAUGAAACAUAUUAGACCCGACGUUUCUACUGUCUGCGUGGGACUAGCAGCCAGUAUGGGAGCUUUCCUGCUUAGCGCAGGAACUAAAGGAAAAAGAUACAGCUUGCCGAAUUCAAGGAUAAUGAUCCAUCAGCCUCUCGGUGGUGCUCAGGGUACACAGACUGACAUUGAUAUUCAGGCAAAUGAAAUGUUGCAUCAUAAGGCAAAUCUUAACGGGUAUCUUUCAUACCACACCGGUCAAAGUCUUGAGAAGAUCAACGAGGAUACAGAUCGAGAUUUCUUCAUGAGCCCUAAAGAAGCUAUAGACUAUGGACUCAUAGAUGGAGUUAUAAUGAAUCCUCUCAAAGCUCUCCAACCUUUAGCACCCACGGCUUCCACUGAAGACAAGCCAAACGCGUAAAUUAUAUCCUGCGGUGUAACCGAUUAGAUAUUCUUCUUGUAGAUUUAAAAGUGAAAACCAUCGGAGUGUAUGCAGAUUUUGACCAUUAACAAACGUGGCUUCCAUGCUCUCAUCGUAGCUUAAGCUUGAGAAAUCUUGAAAUGCCCAUUGAAUUACUUACACCCCCAAGAUAUUAUUAUUUUAUUGAAACGUUCAUUAAAGCUACUGCCCUGAUUAAAAGAAAUUUCCUCUCUGGUUGGUUGGGAUGACAUGAAUGAUACUGGCCUAACACUAGUCAAUAUUUGAUUGGUUAUUGUGAAAAGA